AUGCAAACAACGUACUAUGUGAUAUUACCUAAAGACAGUAAAGUCUCUGCAAAUCUGAUAGGACUCAAAUUAUUGUAUUUGUUGUUCCAUAGGAGAUUUACAUCCUCCAAUAACAGACCUCGAGAAGACAGCUGGUUAAAAUCCUUAUUUGUCCGGAAAGUUGAUCCAAGAAAGGAUGCUCACUCUAAUCUCCUAGCCAAAAAGGAAACAAGCAGUCUGUACAAAUUACAGUUUCACAAUGUUAAACCGGAAUGCCUAGAAGCAUACAACAAAAUUUGUCAAGAGGUGUUGCCAAAGAUUCAUGAAGAUAAACAUUACCCUUGUUCUUUGGUGGGAACCUGGAACACGUGGUAUGGCGAGCAGGAUCAAGCUGUUCACCUCUGGAGAUAUGAAGGUGGCUAUCCAGCCCUCACGGAAGUCAUGAAUAAACUCAGAAAAAAUCAGGAGUUUGUGGAAUUUCGUAAGGCAAGAAGUGACAUGCUUCUUUCUAGGAAGAAUCAGCUGCUAUUGGAAUUCAGCUUCUGGAAUGAACCUGUCCCACGGUCAGGACCUAACAUAUAUGAACUCAGGUCUUACCAACUUCGACCAGGAACCAUGAUUGAAUGGGGCAAUUACUGGGCUCGUGCAAUUCGCUUCAGACAGGACAGUAACGAAGCAGUGGGAGGAUUCUUCUCUCAGAUUGGGCAGCUGUACAUGGUGCAUCACCUCUGGGCUUACAAGGAUCUUCAGACCAGGGAAGACAUUCGCAAUGCAGCAUGGCAUAAGCACGGCUGGGAGGAAUUGGUGUACUAUACAGUCCCACUUAUUCAGGAAAUGGAAUCCAGAAUCAUGAUCCCACUGAAGAGUUCGCCUCUCCAGUAAAGCUAUAGAAUGGAAUGUGCCUACAUAAAUUUAUGUGACAAGUAUUUGUCAUAAACUAAUUUUAAUUGUAUAUCAAGUGAAAAAGAAACACUGAAGUGUAAACUGCUGUAUAUAGCUUAUGAGAGACCUCUUUUCUUUAAGAUUUACAUUAUCACAAGAAAGGAAACUAUUACAGCUGACUGAUUGUAACAGUGCUCUGUAGUCCUCUUUGAAACGUCCCUGUUUGUCGAAUAUUCCUCAUAAUACUUAGCCACCCCUUCCUACCCUCCAGGGAAAGAGGGUCCGAAUUAAAAUUAGAAUCAUCUCUAAAUAACGUUCCCACCAUGAGAAAAAUUAGCCAGUUCUUUAUAAAAAGCAAAUCUGUUUUAUAAUUACAGAUUUUUAGGCAAAUUUCUUGUAUCAGGAAGAAAUAGAAAUUUUGUCAUGUUUCUCUAGCAGUUUUUUGAGUCCCAAACUAGAAACAAAUUAUGAGUGUAUCCAGUACCUGAAAAUGUUUUAAUUCACUCUCAUUUUUAACCAGUCAACAUAGUAAACAAUUGUCAUUACUAAGCUGGUAGAGGUGGACAAGGUGCAUUUAAUCAGUGAUUCAGUCUUCACAUAGUUCAUCAUGAUGUCUCUAUGUGAGAGAGAAAAAACUGGUUUGAAACUUGUAUAUCAUGUGAUUUUGAAUGAACAUCUCGAAUAGCACUAAUUUUUGUUUGUAAUAUUUUUCUGUAACAAGCAAGUAGCACUAGGAAAAGAGGUCUUAUUUUGUAAACAAUUAUUUGUGAGCUCAGACAUUUCUCUGUUUAAUAUUUUAGUAAGCUCACAACAGAUACUUCCAAGAUCAUGUAUGAAGAGUGGCGCAUGUUGAGAUUUAAAUUGGUGUAAUGGCUGGCCAUUUGGCUCACUUCGUUAGAGCGUGAUGUUACAACACCAAGGUCAAGGGUUCACAUCCCCGUACCAGCCAGCCACCAAAAUAAAUAAAUAAAUAAAUUGACAUAAAGCCACGUACUUUGUCCAGCUCCAUUUGAUUUAGUAUUUUAAUAUAGUGUGCCAAUUUUGUGACUGUAAUCAUGUGAAAGUCCUGUCAGAAUGAAAAAUUAUGUCUGUCCCACAAAUUAAAGAAUUUAUGUGUAAAAAAAGUGUGAAUAAAUCUCAUAUCAAAUGUCAAACUUUUACAUGUGAAUGGUUUUCUCCAAGAACAUUUAACAGUCAAUAAAAUCCUCUUACUUUUCACAUAC